AUGGACAGAUGCAAUACAUGGCCGCCCAAUCCCGAAGAACUGCCAGAAAGCGAGGUCCAAAACACGUCUGUCCACACCAACAACUCCAACGUCCCAUUCGCACCGAUUUUGUUCCAAGGCGAGAAUGUGAUGGCCCUUCCUGCUCAGUGGGUAUUUGCACACCUGUCGCCCCCCCAUGUUGACCAAUUCGUCACGGCCGAGGACAUACUCCGGCCACCUUACCAGACCGCCCAGCCGCCACCACCGAUUUUAAUGCUACCCACUUCGACAGCAUAUAUGGGGCUCGACUCAAUAGCAGCAGGAGCAAGAGGAGGCAACGGAUCUCUAAUGAUGGACCCACUAGCAGAGUAUGAGAGCGGCGCUCGUUUGGAGGCGCAGGGAAGGGAAACAGACAUGUCGCUUGAUAUCGCAAUGGCAAUGGAGGACCAACGACCCAUGUACUUUGUCCUGAGUCGCUUCCAACCUCCAAGCGUCACCCAUGUAACAACAGUGCCUCCACCAUCAAUGCCACCACAGCCCACGGAGGAACACCUUCAUGAUAUGUUAAUGGUGCCCGAUAUGUACGCCAUGGACACUCUUCCGCGGGACGACCCAAUAUCGAUGGGAGCCUUUCAUGGUGCAGGAAUGACUAUCUCGCCCGCUGAUACAAUGAACUCGCCUCUGCAUUCCUCUCUGACACCAGCUAUGGAUGCGUUGUCAGCAGCAACACCCAACAUGGUUGGCUCGCCGUACCUGCCAGCAAAGGACGAGCCUGGGGAGGGCGAAGGUUUUGAAUAUUACGAAUAUGACGAUGAAAACGACCUCGAGGGCGACAAUGACAACGAUAUGGAAGAGGACGACGAUAACGAAAACGACCGCAGUAGCAGCAUCGACAACACUAUGACCAACGACAACGACAACGACGCAAAACUAAGGUCCAAGAGACGCAUGCUGUUGCCUGUCCUCUCUGCAAAUGCACCUUCUCUCGGCAGCCCGAUCUCAACCGACACCUCCUGGCGAUCCACCAAGGCGAUCGAAGUCACACCUGUGACAAGUGCGGUCGAUCCUUUGCAAGGAAGGAUGCCUGGCGAGUCCAUCAGAACUCUUGCAAACGAACUACCCCACAGCAUGAGCGGACAACAGCAACAACGCCAUUAUUAUGAAUAA